AUCUAGUACCUUCGCAAUUUUGGGAUGUGACGCAGUGUAGCCGAUAACAUCGAUUUCUGUUUAUGAAUUUUGGCGCGGCAAUUUUUGUGAAUUCGAUAGUUUGAAAUGGUGUAGAAGUAAUCGAUAAGUUCUAUGUCCUGUGCCCUUACGGCCCUUACAUCGAACGUUUUUAGGUCGUAGUAUUCGAGGAAGAAAUAAGGUGGUGAUGUGCUUUAUUUUAAAACACUGUUGCCUCUGUAAGUGAAGUACGUAUCUUGAAUGUGCGGUUGAGUGUCGUAAUAUUUUCGUCACACGCGCCCCUACGUGAAGAUGUCAUUGCCAACUAAAGAUGUCAAAAUGAACAAAAAACUGAAAGGUACACAGAGAGUUGAAGCUUCAGGAAGUAGUCAGAGGAGUAUUUCUGCCCCAGUACCAAAUAAGAGUAAAAAUGUACCACUCCUGGUUGCAACUAGGGGCAAGAGCCAAACAAAGAAAUCUAAGACUCCCUUAAAAAGAACAAGUGUUAGAAAACAUUGUCACUCUGGCUUUCGUACUUUUCUGGAUGUUAGUUUGAUGAAUGCAGCAGGUUCUCCAGUAUCAAGAAUCUUGCCUACAGAGGAAUUGCUCCCAAAUUUUUAUCAUCAGAGCUUCCAUAUAGCUCGAUGGAGAAAAUGGAUGUCAGAAACACCCAAGUGGAUUGUGGAGAUGGGAAGAGAGAGUUUGUGGGCACAAACAAGAGAAAAUGAUCGCUAUACAAAUGGAGUCAGUAGUAAUGAUGUGGUUCAGAAAUGUGAAGGCACUGAAGAUUUAGGAAUGAAGGAAAUGAACGAUGCAAAUGAAUCAAGAGGACAGGACAGUGAAAUGAAUGGAAGUUUAACUGAAUAUAGAGAUUGGUCUCUGCAACUAACAGACAGUAAUGAACUUCUCAUCACAGGGAAAACAAAUGAGAAUACAAUACAGCUGUCAAGGGAUGUAUCAUAUUGCAAACGGAUUGAUGCAAAUACAUUGCUUCAUGCUGAUGGUUCAAUGUAUGUACUGACUGGUAUGCCAGAUCAUUUUACAAAUUUGCCAUAUUAUGUGAGGAACAAAUUCCAAAAUGGAUUCCCAGAUGACUGGAAGGUAGUGAAAUGCAAGUGGAUUAAAUAUGUAAAAGAAGGGAGCCCAUGUGACUUCAGUUGGACAGUAGAAACUGUUGAACGUGUUUCGGAUUUAGCAGUGCAUGAAGAUCCUGCCCAACAAAACACAUUGUGCCAAAAUGGAACUGUGUUUGUAAAUUUAACUUCUCCAAGAAGAAGUGACAUUUCUCUACACAAAAUUCCAGUGAAUUGUGAGAAAACUGAAGAGUCACUUUCCAUGGAUGUGCAAGAUUGUGCCAAAGCUUCGAUUUCUGAAGACAAGGGAGGGCAAGAAUAUUUGAAAGAGUCACAGUCAGGAGCAAUCCAAGAAAGAUAUAUUGGCAGAGUGAUCAAAGCCAGAACAGAUUUGAAUGUUAAAGAAAUGUUAACAUCAGGGGAUACAGAUGAGAAUAGCAGUGACUCGUCUAGAGAAGGGGCAGGUUCUAGCACGUAUCCUGUUAUACAUAUUCCUGACACAGUUAAAAAUUCAGUAGAUCCAAAUGAUAAUGAAGCUGCUAAGGAUAACGUUGAAGCUGAUAUUUUUGAAAAUCAAGAACUCGUUCUUGAAAAAUGGACUCCUAUUCUUGUAAAUGGAUGUGAUCUGAAAAUAACUGGUUAUGUGAAAAGUGAAUUAAACACAGAAACAAGUCAUACAACUGAAAUAGUAAAGAAACGUAAAGCAUACAACUCUUUUCAAACCAAGAAUGGAAAAACCUACAAGCUGAUGGGCACAUUUGUGGAUCUUGAAAAUACUGUACCAACUCAGAUCAAGACAAAGCUGGCUGAAGGGCUUCCUGCCCAGUGGAAGAUGUUGAUGAAGACUUGGGCCUCUCUUGUGCUUCCAACAAAGAACAAAACAUAAUUUAAUACAAACUGCAUCUGCUUCAGGAUUGAGGGCAUGGGUCCCGCUGCAGGAAGUCAUUCGAUGUAGCUGAGUGAAGACUCCUUCCAGGCUCUGCAUGGGUGCCGUCAACGAGUAACAGUUUACAACAGAGCUUCAGCCAACUAGGAUAUAUGUAGAUUUAUUGAACUCAGGUAGAUUACAGAAGUUACACAUUGAUAUGUAGGCCGAACCAGAGCACAGUGACAAUUUCUAAGUUCCCUUCGAAGAGCAGACUGCCCUUGACUGGAUGAAAAGUGAUGCAGAUAAUGGGUCACCGUUUCACUCCACAGAUUAUUUGGAAUCCUUCGCUAAGCUCCCCAUUUAUUUUAACCUUUGCUUUCAUAUUUUGGAGAGUUGCUGCUAUUGAUCUGAUAGUUUGGAUGGAACAUUGUACUUUCUGAGGCAUUUAUUAUUUGACACCUCUUAACAUAAUCAAAUGUUUGUGUAUAGUCUACAGAUAUGGUAUAGAUAUCAAUAAUAAACUCACAGCAUUUUUCAUAGAUCUGUUUAACUAUAAAUAUGUUAUCUAUUGUUCAGUAAAUUGCAAAAAUGUUAUGAGAUGUUUAAUAAUGUUAUUGGUCUGAAAUUAUGACAUGCCAAUUUAUCACCUUUUUUAUGUAUUGGUGCUAUGAUUCCUUCCCCACACCGUGAAGGGAUCUCUGUGUCCUGCCUUAUCUUCAGCAUCAGCUUAUGUAUCCUUCGUUUCAGUGUUCGUCCACAAAAUUUAAUUAACUCUGGGGUAAUGUUGUCUGGUCCAGCAGCUUUAUUGAUUCUAAAUUUGUUUAUUAUUGUACAUACCUCAGUGUAUGUUGGAGGUUCAAUAUAAAAGUCAUUAUCACUCAUGGAAUCAUCCAUAAUAUCGGGGAUUUGGUCCGUUUCUGCCAAAGUGAACACGUCAGUUCCUUCCAUCUUUCUAAUACCUUCAGUUGAUGCACUAUUAAAUUCCCAUCAGCAUCUCUAUAUAUCCUUGGCAAUGCACUGCUGUGUUUUUUCAUAAAUCUGAUGUCAUUAAAAAACUUCAUAGUUUCAUUCUUUCAAUGAUUUUCCUCAAUUUGUAGAAUUCUGCCAUUUAUCCCUCCCCCCCCCACCAGACUCUGUUUGCUUUGUUUCUGUUUUUUAUUGCUCUCCUAUAUUCAUCGUCCCACCAUUUGUUUCUAGGUACCUGGACUUGUGUUCCUACCACUUCUUCAGUUGUUGCAACGAUUUUGGACCGAAUAAAUUCCCAAUCUUCAUUUACGUUUGAAAAUUCAUUUACUUCACUCAGUUUUUUUGUGUAAUACGAUUCUGUUCUGUCUCUGUUUUUGAAGAUCACGCAAUAUGAUCUUGUUCCAUUUCUUUAUACUAAGUUUCUUUUUCACAUAUGCUACAGGUAAUUCUUGCCUUAUUACCGUUUUAACAACGUAAUGGUCUGAGUUUAUAUUACGUCCUUGCAUUGUUCUGACAUCUUCUAUAAGGUCCUUUUUACUUGCAUUAAUAAUGACAUGAUCAAUUUGAUUAAUAAUGUAUAUUUCCCAGAGAUGUUACUACAUAUUUCUUCUCUUCCCAACUUGGCAUUUAGAUCACCUGAUAUUAUUACAGCAUCACUUCUUGCAAUUCAUCAUACAAAUGCUCUUUAAAAUUUAUUUCACUAUCUUUGGGUGGAGCAUAAACAUUGAUAAGAGUAACAUUGCUAUAUUUUCCUUUAAGUUUUUCAUAAUAUAGAUGUCAAAAUAUCUUACAUAUUUCCCAUUAUUACACGUACUAUGGAUACCAAUAUGCUUAUUGCAUAUUAAAAAUGCCAGAACUAAAAUUCCCGUAUGGCAUCACACAACCUCACAAAUGCUGAAAUACAGCUUGCCAAAAAAAGGUGGUCUAAAUUGAUUUCUGUCACAAUCAGAUAGUGGUGUAACACUGCAGUAUUGAAACAAAUAAUAUUAUGGGAUAGGUAACUGGUUUAUUUUCUUCUUUAAGUGCAACAUACACAUCUCGCAUAAUAGAAACUUCUGAAAAGCAGUGAAAAGGUUUACACAAAUUUAUACAUUCUAUGGUCUGCUGCCUUUUUGUUCUUCCAGCUACUCUGCACUGUACUUCAAGAACUGUUAAUUUGUCACAUUUCUGCAGGAACAUGAAAUUAUAAAAAUUCUUUCUUCCUAUAUUUCACAAUAAUUCACAUAUUCUUAUACUACAUAAUGAAUGGCAAGAAUUGUGUUUAUUUCCUUAUGUACAACACCAGAUGAUUGAUUAUAUGAGAAACCCCAUGUAAAGUUUCUGUUUAAAUCAGUGGAUUCAACCCUCUGAGAAUCAUACAUAGAGGGACAUAUUAAUGCUGAAAUCAUCAAUUUGAUAGGACUGUUAAAUGAGGGAGACCCUCAAAUCAAGAAAAAAUUAAAUGGGGGUUGCACUGUAUCUAAAUCUUUGUUCUCAUUACUGCAUUACUGGAAUUGUUGGUUGUACCAGCAUGUUUCUAUCACUAUCUUGGGAAAUUAAAGUCUCUCUCUUGAUUCACUGAAAGUGAGUGUAACAUGGUAUUAGUGAUGAAGCACUAUAAAUAAUUCUGACAACUGAAGGCACUGAUAUAUUUUAUUGUACAAACAACAUACAUUAAAAAUUGACAUGAUCCAUCUUAUGAGAUUCAGAUUAUAAAUACUGAUUAUUUAAUAAAACAGUAUUCAACAUGCUGCCUUGUACUCAGCAGUAAUAAAUGAAAAAAUUCCUGACCAUUUCUAAACUCACUUCCUUACUUCUUACUGUAACCAUUUAAAUCUUUCAUUCUUUCCAUAGCCCCAAGACUGUAAGUAAAGAACAAAAUUUCAAUUAUUUGUUUUAACUGACUUAAAAUGUUUGUAUUCUAUGCUGUCAAAUUUUCUGCAAGAAAGGUCACAAUAACUUCAGAGUGAACCCACUGAAGCUCAUGUAGGGUACCUAGGCAGCUUCUCGGGAAGACGACAUGAAAACUUCAUCCUUCGUUUUCCUUCACAAUACUAUCUCCUUAUCCUUUAACAUCAGCAUAUUUUUAUACAACAGUAAAACAAACGAAAUCUUAAAGAUUUUUAUGCUUCAACUUUACAUUGCCAAGAGCAGUGAGAGCAACAGUUACAAAAUAUAACUGUUGAAUAAAUCUUCCAUAUAUUGCGCUCCCUUCACACUGUACAGUGGGUUUGGUGAGACAAACAAGCUAUGGCCUUGUGAUCUGCAGUAGCUUUGCUGCUGGAAAAAAAUUGGGGGGUACACAGAGAUCAGUGUCUCAGCUGCUAUGACUGAGUUCACAUAAAGGGUUGUGGGCUGUGUCACAGCUCAGGCGGGAUUUGUGGUGAGCAAAGUGGCACUUGGGUAGGUUUUUUACUGAGUACUUCAGUUUCCCAUCAGUUCUCAUUCCACCGAAUGCUCCAUAUUCAUCUAUCAUCCAAGGCUGGUACAUCAGGCCAAUUAGUGGUCAAUGUACCAAGUGGACUCAGUCUCACCCCACCUUACAAAAUUUAAACAUCAUGUGUUAAGUUCCAUUUCAAUAACACUGGCCCAUUUAUAAUUAGGCCUGUCAUUUUCCCACAUCUCAGAGUUCAUGUCCUACUGAAAAACUUCUACAUCUGAACCUGUACAACAAAUCGUUCCUAACACAAACUUCAAAAUGCUGAGGCUGCCUUACAGGUAUACAUGAAGUAAAAAAGAAAACUUUACAGUGUAUUUUAAACUAAAACUACUUUACGAUUGUUUCAUCUUCAGGGUCUUUGAAGACUGCCACUGGUGAGCUUCAUUUACCACUAUGGCUCUAGAUGCAUAUAACAAUAAUUCUGUGAAAAUAGGAAGGAGAAGGGACAACACUAUGCUAUAAGUAUAUGGAGAAAUAUGGCAAAAAGGCAUACAUGCUAAGCAUGAACUGCAACUUCUGGCUGAUCUUUGUAACUCAAUAGA